GCGCGGCGGCGUGUGCUCGGCUCUCCCGCCGCCGGGUCGCACCCCUAGGCUGCCCGGGGAGGCGAGGGACCCCAGGUCCAGCCGCUGGACAUGGAGACCCAACACUCCUCACCUCGGUCCUUCUCCAGCGUUCUGCAAGAAGAGACCCCACGUCAGGCCCCUGCUGGACCCCCCCGAGAAGCUCUCUUCCAGUCCCGUGUUCUUCCCCCUAAAGAAACUCCUUCUCCGUCUCCCCCCACUCUCCGACAAGGCUCCUUGGCCCAGACCCCCAAGCUAGAGACCUCUGGCCGAAUGCCGCACGGUCCCCAGAAGGGACCCUCACUCCUGUACCCUGCCGCUUCUGAGCAAGAGACUCCUCUCCAGGGUCGCCCGACUUCCCAAGAAGAGACCCAGUAUCUACCCCCAGCUGCUGCUGAACAAGAAAUUUCACUUCUGUCCCACUCCACCCCGCACCAAGAAGCCCUGCUCCACUCGCCUGAAGUUCCUGAGAAAGACCCCCUGACCCUGUCCCCCACAGUUCCUGAGGCUGACAUGGACCCCCUGCUGCAGAGCCCAGUGUCCCAAAAAGACACCCCCUUCCAGAUCUCUUCUGCCGCCCAGAAGGACACACCGCUCCCGACAGCGGAGAUCACGCGCUUGGCCGUGUGGGCUGCCGUCCAGGCGGUGGAGCGGAAACUGGAGGCCCAGGCCAUGCGGCUCCUGACCCUCGAGGGGCGGACGGGGACGGCUGAGAAGAAGCUGGCUGACUGUGAGAAGACGGCCGUGGAGUUUGCGAACCAUCUGGAGAGCAAGUGGGUCGUGCUGGGGACCCUGCUGCAGGAGUACGGGCUGCUGCAGAGGCGGCUGGAGAACAUGGAGAACCUGCUGAAAAACCGAAACUUCUGGAUCCUGCGGCUGCCGCCGGGCAGCAACGGAGAAGUCCCCAAGGUCCCUGUCACCUUCGAUGAUGUCGCCGUCCAUUUCUCAGAGCAGGAGUGGGGGAACCUGUCGGAGUGGCAGAAGGAGCUCUACAAGAACGUGAUGAGGGGCAACUACGAGUCUCUGGUGUCUAUGGACUAUGCAAUCUCCAAACCAGACCUCAUGUCGCAGAUGGAGCGCGGGGAGAGGCCGCCCAUGCAGGAGCAGGAGGACUCCGAGGAAGGCGAGACGCCCGCAGACCCCAGUGCUGCCCACGACGGGAUCGUGAUCAAGAUCGAGGUGCAGACCAAUGACGAGGGCUCAGAAAGUUUGGAGACGCCAGAGCCACUGAUGGGGCAGGUGGAGGAGCACGGCUUUCAGGACUCGGAGCUGGGGGACCCGUGCGCAGAGCAGCCAGACCUGGACAUGCAGGAACAGGACAAUACACUGGAAGAGUCCACCGAAGGCUCUGGCGAGUUCAGCGAGCUCAAGCAGAUGCUGGUGCAGCAGAGAAACUGCGCAGAGGGGAUCGUGAUCAAAACCGAGGAGCAGGAGGAGGAGGAGGAAGAGGAGGAGGAGGACGAGCUGCCGCAGCACCUGCAGGCCCUCGGGCAGCUGUCCGGGCGCUAUGAGGCCGGCCUGUACCAGACCCCGCUGCCCGGGGAGCUGUCGCCCGAGGGCGAGGAGAGCCCCCCGCCGCUGCAGCUGGCCAAGCCGGCCGGGAAGCGCCUGGCGCCGGCCGCGCACGGGGAGCGGCACCCGGGCGAUGGCCUUGCUUCAACCUGCCAGGUGUCUGUGGGAGACCUUUCCCGAGGCCCAGUGAUGGAGGCUCCUCGGAUUAAGGGAUCAGGGCCGAGGCCGCCAGGCCCUCCUGUCGCCAGGGCAACGUUGCCCAACCCUUCCCGCAGAAGGAUGGAGAAGGGUGCUAUUGUGGAAACAGCCAUGGACUUGGACCAGAAGGUCUUGAAAUUGAAUCUCUUGGAAACUUUCUGA